AUGAUAAUUAAUAAUUCAGAUUGGAUCAAUUAUGCUUUAAUUGAUGAUAUAACUGAUUCAUUUGCACCACUUAUACGCCAAGUAGAGUUUCAAUCAGAUGCAAUUGAUCAAUUGGUGUUGGUUCUUAAGAAUUCAGAGCAACAAGAUAUGUUGGUGAGGAUAGGAAUUUGUCGUAAGAUGGUGAUGACAUUUUUAAAAUUGUUGGGUACAAAAGCAGAUGUUAUCAAAGCAUUGAUUAAAAGAUGCGAAGAAAUAAAUGCAGCAGGUGGUGAGAAAAAUGGUGAGAAACAUGGGCCUGGGGAUGUUGUUCUUUAUUUAGGCGAUAUUCAAGUAUCAACUAUAUUAGUACAUUGUCCUGCUUUAAGAUUAGUUUUAUACAAUGCAGUCAGUACAGAGCCUUUUCUUGUAGGUAAUUCGAAUGAUGAACGUAAAUUUUUAAAAAGGGUUCAAGUUCAAGAAAGUGAAAGAGAAAGUAUGAAUAAUGCUUUUGCGGGAAUAAAGCCAGAAAAACGUGAAGAUUUAUGCGGUCAUAAUUUAAGACGUUUACAUUGGAGUCUAAAUCUUGAAUGA